UCUAGUGACCUAGUCCUAGUUUUGCGACAGUUGAAAAAGAUCUACGUAAUUUUCGUUUAGAGUGAAAUAUUCAUUGUUGGUAUGUGGAUUUGUUAUGUGAAAUAUACAUAGAAGACUUUCCUUGUUAAUAAUACAGCUGUAGAUCACCUGUUUGGUGUAAAGAUGGGCUAAUGUAGGAAGGAGGCGAUGGAUAACAUUCCAGGCUCUGUGUCGCUACCACUGUUGGGUAUCGGAGUAUUUACGUUACUUCUCAGUGUAGUCUUCUGUUGUUAUAUGUGGAAACUUAAAAGGGACGCUAGACAUGAGAGAGGCUACAGAAGGAUUGAGUUUUCUCCAAAAAAGAAAAACUUACGAAAUGAUACAUGUCCAGUGUGUCUUGAUGAAUUUCUUUCAAAAGAGAAAAUAGCCAUUUGCUCCUGCCAUCAUGUUUUCCAUUCAAGAAAAAUUGGUGUUGUCAUGUGGCAUCAUGUUUCCUAUUUAAGGUGCUUAUUGGAAUGGUUACGACACAAGAAUAACUGUCCAAUGUGUAAAGCGCCGGUGCGCAAGGAUACAUCGACCUCUCAUGUUGCACCUGCUGAAACCACAGGACUUAUUCUGUCAGUGCCUCCUGCAAGAGCAGAAUCUAUAUCUGAAUAAUAGGCAUGUGUUAAUGGAACAGGAUUUGCCUUCUAGUAGAUGACAGACCUACAAGACAUUAAUGAAAAUGACAGUGUAACUGCGAAACACAGGAAUAUAAAAGCCAGAUGUGACUUAUUGUCUCUUCCAUAUAAGCUCAAAAUUUCAGUGCUUACAUAGAAGUGAUUGAUGCAUGCUAAUAUUAUUUUCACGGUUGAAUUAAUAUAUUGAAAUGCUUUCUCAGUGUUCUGCCAAGGUUUCUAACUUAAUAGUGAAACUGUGGUACAAAUGCUUCAUUGAUUUAAUUUUUGAUAAGUUUACGGGACAUUUGUCAUUUGAAUACCUUAGUAUUAAGUAUACGUCUGGAAAUUUAUUGUACCUACUGAGACUUAAUAAUGAAAAGUUUGACAACUACCUUCACUGAUCUUCUUUUCAAGUUAUCUAAACUUAAGCUUGUUCGGGUUUCAAAACACACCUUCUUAAAAUAUUCUCAGGUGGUUGUUAAUAAUUGGGGUAACACUUAAGCUGAGAUUUGUCCAAAUUCAGGCAUAAGCUACCUCAAAAGACAAAAAAGAGAUUACUUCUUUAUUACAGAUAACUUUGUAUCAUGUGUAAUAUAAAUAAGUUAAGGAUUAUUCACUCUUGCUGCCAGUUGUUUCCCUCAGAUUUACUGCUAGGCAACUAGACAGAUUUUAGUAUUUUUGCUAAGAAUUUUGCAGACUCGAAACCUCACCAGAACACUGCUUUCUUGAUUGGCUGUUUGGCUAUGUUUUUGGAAUGUUUUAACUGAUUGAAAUGAUACCUUGCUUUUUUAAGCAGCAGGCCUCUAGAUGUACGUCCUGAUGCCCAAAUUGUCAAACGGGUUAUCUAUAGAGUAUUGAUAUUAUUCAAGCCAAUUGGUGGGCUUGAUUCACAGCACACUUGGCUAUCUUGAUUACAAGAUCGGUACACUGAAAUGGGCUAUAUUUGAUUGGGUGUUUGGCAUUUUAUGCAGAUGUACCAAAUUGAUUUGAAAGCAACUGACCCGACUGAAACGAGUGCAAUUUGAGCCAAAAUGGUGUACAGGCAUAGAUGUCUGUAUUCAAGUGAGCCCACCUAGAUUAUUUGGAGUGAAUCACUGCUGUUUUUAGGUCACAUUUUUACGGAUUGACUGAUACAGAAAACAUCUUUUCUACAAUUUUUAUGGACUUUGCAAGUGUUUUUAGCUCACCUGAGUACAAAGUGCUUUGGGUGAGCUAUUGUGAUUACUCGGGGCCCAUCCAUAAAUCGUCUGUCUGUCCACACUUUUCUUCAAACCACAUCUCAUGUGAAACUAUGUGAUGAAAAUUGAUAAAACUUGGCCAUGAUGCUCGUUAAAUAGUCAAAAAAAGGUAAAGUAGUUUCUUGUGUAAGUAAUAACGUGGGUAGUUGAUGAAAGUUCACAACCUAUUUUCAGAGGAGCCCACGGCAGGCAUCAUAUUUUCUUCCGCAGCAUCCAAUCUAAGCCAAUACUGCUGGAAACAGUACCAAGUUAAGUUAAUCACCCGGCACUGAACACUAGUCGGGAUAUCAGCCGCGACCGGGAAUUGAACCCAGACUGCUGGCAUUGUAGUCCAACCUGCUAACCCCUGCGCCACUGACUCCCUUUUAAAAUCAAUUUUCGUGAUCCUAGGCCCAAGCGUUCUCAAGUUAUUAUCUGGAAAUGGUUUAACUGUUCUGGGUCACUGUGACCUUGACCUUUGACCUAUUGACCUCAAAAUCAAUAGGGGUCUUCUUCCAAAAAUGUUCAGACGGUUCCACUUGGUUGCACAUAGGGGCUGCCAGAGCUAAAAAUAGAAAUUUAUCUUUCAAGCAACAUCUCAACCUAAACUGCAUGUCCGAUUUUGAAAUAAUUUCACACAAAUAGUCCUUUUGGAGACCCCCUACCAAGAUUAAUCAAACUAUUUUGUUUUGUCAAAAAAAAAUGGCUGCCAGAUGGCAUGGUCACCUUUCCCUGUAUGUAUAUGGUGGAAAUUUUAAAAAUCUUGUAUGAAACUACUGGUCCAAUUUAAAAAAAAAAAUCACACAAAUGGUCUUUCUGUGACCCUCUACCAUGAUUGUUGAGAUUAUUCUGAUUCGUCAAUAAACAUGGCCACCAGGAGGCUAGUAACUUUUCCCUUUAUGUAUAUAGUGGAAACUUUAAAAAAUCUUCUUGUAACAAAUGUUGGUGCGAUUUUAAAAUAAUUUCACACAAAUGGUCUUUGCCCUUCUAUCAAGAAUGUCUGAAUUUUUUUCGAUUCAUCAAAAAACAGUUGCCAGAGGUGUGGUCACUUUUCCCUAUAUGUGUAUAAUGGAAAAUUUUAAAAUCUUCUUGUCGGAAUCAACAGGCCCGAUUUUGAAAUAAGUUUACAUAAAUGUUCCUUUGAUUACCCUACAUGAAGAGUGUUCAAAUUAUUCUGAUAUGUCAAAAACAUGGGAGGGGGGGGGGCAUGGUCACUUUUCCCUAUAUGUAUAUAGUGGAAAUUUUAAAAAUCUCAUUGUUAAAAACUAACAGUCUGAUUUUAAGAUAAUUUUAUACAGGUGUUUCUCAUGUGACCCUCUACGAAGAUUCCCAUGUAUAAUGCGCAGUUUUUUUACCCCCGGGACCACCCCGGAACCGUGGGUGCGCAUAAUACACAUGUAUAGACAAUUUUCCAACUUCAAAACAAGUUUGUUACCGAUGUUCGCCAUUUUGGUAAAGGGAAACUACUCCCCGCGCUUACUGUUGCCGCUAAAAUCUAAGAUUGCCGUUACCUUCCGUAAAAGAUCGAAUGGUUUAUUUUUCUUUCAAACAAAAUUAAUUUCAUAUAAAUUUAAAAGUAUUUUGAUGAAAGAAAUUUUAAUAAAUCACAAAAAUUAUGAUACCAAUUAAAGACCGUGAAUUAUCUUUAACCGAGAUCAAACUGUGACACGUUAAUUGCGGGUAAUUACUGGCUAUUUGAUCGUGACAAAAAGACUAUCACACCUUUUGUUAUCGGUUUGAAUUGAGAUGCUCAUGUCAUUUUGAAAGAUACCAUUCCGAAAUACUGAAUCCGCUAUUAUUUAUUUAUUCAAAAUAGUUAAUUAAAAAAGGUAAAACAACAAAUAUAACAAUAUUUUACUGGUUUUAUUUUCGAGAGAACAAAAAUCGAUAGUACCGCGAGACCGCUGCUGCUCUCCACCUCGGAGAUAAAAUUUAUUACCGGUGUCGAUGUAAACUCUACUUUCGUUUUCCAUCCACCUCAAAAUUGUCCAAAAUGUUUUUUUCCCAGGAUUUUGGGCUAAGAUCGGGGGUGCGCAUUAUACACGGGAGCGCAUUAUACAUGGGUAUCUACGGUAUACAAAUUAUUUCAUUUCAAACAUUUUUCUUGCAUAACCGUAUAUCAAAACUGUUCAGGCAUGUGGUGUUACUCAGGUGAGCAAUCUAGGGCCAUCAUGGCCCUCUUGUUUAUAAAUCAGCACUGUCUGUCACUUUGCCUUUACAUUUUAUUUACAAUUAUUGAGUAAUGAAAGUAUUUUUCUUAAUUUAACAUUUUCUUAAAUAAAUCUGGAGGCUUGUCCCUUUAAGGUAAAACAUUGCCCAUUGUUUAUAGUUGUUGUUAAGUUUUACACGUGUUGAUGUUUACUAUAGACUUGUACAUACUGUUUUAUAAAUAAGAUAGGAUUUAAUUCCAUAAACAGCAUUAUAUAUGUAGCCUGAUGUUGCCACUUCACAAAGUUGAAGUCCUUUUGCCUUUUAUGGCUUGGCAAAGCUCAAAAGUUUUUCAUCGUUACUACCAUGUUCUGUACUAUGGUUAGAGUUUCAUCUUUCAUAAUAGGUUAGCAUGUCUGAUUUUUAUUUCAAGAAAACUUAAUUGGCCUUUCUGUACAUUGAAAAUUAGGCUAGAAUGCACUUUACCGGUAUCCACUUUCUGCUAGGAUUUUAAAAGGCAUGCUUGGUACAACCACUUAAAUAAAUUGUAACAAUAAAUUAUUCAGUAAACAAAAAAGAAGAAUGGGGAUGUGUGGAAGGUAGACCUGUUAGAAUAAAAUAAGAGUGUUUAUUGAAAGUGCAUAAUGCUAAUGUGCCGGUGUCCCAAAAAGUAGUAUUUCUUGGUUACAUUUUUGGUUUAGGUUAAACUUACCGCUUGUAAACCUUCGUAAAGGUUAGUAGGUAGGCCAAGAACCAUAAUUUUCUUUGACAUAUUUUAUUAAAAUUAUGGACUUUUUAAUUUGUUUUCAGAGAAAGGUCAUUUGCUUGUUGCACAUACAUGCUGUGAGUUGUGGUGUUGGUAGGCUGUGAUUUUGGAAUGUGGCUUUCACUGUUGGAUAUUCAUCCUUGUUUUUUUUUUGUAAAAUAUUAGAGCAUGCAUUAAAGUGGCCUUAAUAAACCUUCUGUCUCAGCAACGUUUUCAACAUUGAGUAGAACUUUCUGUUAGCUAGUGCAUUAUACUUUGAGAAUCAGUUUGAAAUGUUCUACCAUCAAUUUUAUUCUGAAAAAUUGUUGACUGGUUAUCCACCACAGUAUCAGACUCCAAUAAAAAUGAGCUGUUUUAUGACAGUCCAAAGAUUUUUUCAAUGUUUUACUUUUUUGCUUGUCAGAAUGAUGGGAGCUUAAGGUGUCGGUGGACCCUGAUUUGUUUGUCAUCAAGCUAAAAUGAAAAAACUAAACAAAUGAAAAAGACAAGUUAUGUAGAUGAAAAUAAGAAAGUGUGAUUAAAGCUAAAUAUAGAAAAGUGUGUUGAAAGUUAAAAAUAGGAAAGUGAGAUGAAAGAAAGAUGAAAAUAGGAAAGUGUGAUGAAAGCUAAAAAUAGGAAAGUGUGAUGAAAAUGAAAAUAGGAAAGUUUGAUGAAAGAUUAAAAAAGAAAAAUAUGUAGAAAUGAAGGAAAUGAAAUAGAAAAUUGUGAUGAAAGAUGAGACUCUAACAGGAUCUGUAAUUCCUUUAAGACAGCAUUAUUAAAUGCCAUAUAGUGUUCUUGCUUUUGUAAGGCAAAAACUUUUUUCAGUAAAGUACUGGAUUGAAAUACAUCUGGUAUUUUCUCAGUGAAAAAUAUCAGAAACUAUGAAAUUGGUGAAGUCUAGUUAACAGUUUCUUGUUGUACAUAUAAAAUCAGAAUAUCUACCGGUAUCUCUUGCAAACACCAUACCUUACAUUUUCAGCACAGUGCCAUGCAGUCGUGAAAAUAUGGUGUUCAUUUGGUGAAAUAAAUUUUAAUCUUACACUGAAACAAACAAACAUUCACUGUUUAUCACACAUUAUAACUUGAAAACAUUUUUGUUUCUUGCAAUAGUGUUAGAUCAUUAUAUGGUACUUUAUUGUAUUAUGGUACUCACAAGGUGCAAACUACUUUUCAGGUUGUUUUUUAUGAUAGAUUGUACCACUGUAAGGUAGUUUACAUCCUGUGAAUACCAUCUUAUUGUAUAGUUUAAACGUUUCAUAAUGUUUGAUAUUUAUACAUACAUGUACAUAUUUUAUUAUAAAGCAAGUCUAACAUUUUAACUACUUAAAGGCGUAUGCUAGAAUUCCCUGUAUAUGAGAUGGGCGAAAAUUUUCCCAAUAACAGAAUUUCUUUAAACUUUGGAUAUUGAAGGACAAUCAUCUAAGAAACAAAAA